AUGCAGAAAAAAUACGUUGUAAUGGGACUCCGGUGCGCAUUGUUGUUCGCAUAUUUCGCCGCGGCAGAGGUCUUGGCGCAGUACCACAGAUGGACACCGAACUUUCAUUGGACGGAAAAAAUGACCAUAAAAAACCCGGAAAACAACCCUACCUUCAACAACCCAGAUCUUGGGUCUCUGCAAGAUGCAUGGAAGGUCCUAGAAGAAACGUCAGAUAAUACGUAUUUUUUGUUGUUUCGCUCGGACGCUCCCGUUUUUGGGAAAUGUAUCUCUGCAACAGCAAAUAUUACAGACAAAACGAACAAAACCGCAAAUUACACAAUAAUGAGUUACGAUACGCAAGACCAGGAAUACGAGAAUAUCACACUGCAAAUGAGAGCUCUGAAUCAAACUGACUACCAGCUUGAAAACGUUAUAAGGGCAAACUUCAAAGGAACACUCCCAAAUGCUACUCCAGUUCCCCCAGGAAGCUACACGUACGCUGAAAAUGAUAAUUCCACCUGCUAUUCCAGAAGUACUCCCUUUCCUGAUAGGGGAAAUGCUCGAGACUAUAGUGGUUCUACGGGGAAUGUUCUAGAUGAAUUGUUCCCCUAUCCGAAAAGUGCUGACGAUUUUGACAUGUAUGUCGUAUACAACGAGCCGCAAUGUUAUAUCCUUAGGAAUCCCGCAGCCUCACUAGGAUGCGACUUGUGGCUGCGAAAAACCGAGUUGAAAACAAUAGUGGAUGACCUGGAAGAGGAAAUUUUAAAACAAAAAGAAGAUCUCUAUAAGGAGAAUAAGGAAACAUUUGGAAUCUAUGAAAACUGCACUGCGAGAGAAGAUCAAAUAGCAGACCUAGAACUUUACGUAGAAGAUGGCAUUGAAAGAUGGUUUCAAGACAUCGCAUGGAAAAAGAUUUCCCUCGAAUGCGUUCUCGCCUACAUGAUAACCUGCGGAGAGCCAGUAUUUAGAGUUUACAAUCCGAUAACCUGUAAUACCACACUAACAGGGCAAUACCUGUCAAUGUCUUAG